AUGAAGCAACGGGCCGCCGAGAACAAGACCUCGAUCACCGCGUCCACUUCCUGGUGCCACCUCGACGGCCUUCGACGGACCACCCAGGCGAGGAUUCUCUCCGUCCUGCUCUAUGUCGGCACAGCGUGGAUGCUCUUCGGGAUGCUGUGUGUCCUGUUCGUCCAUUACUUCAGCAAGACUUCCGAUGCCGCUCUCUGGGUUGCGAACGAGCUGUUCCUUUGGGACUUCCCGCGUGAGGAGCAUGAGGAUGUGAGGUGCGGAUGCGCCUUUUUGGUCUACUGGUUCCUCUGUUUCGGCUCGGUGCUGCUGCACUACCUGUUUGAUUUGCAGAUGCGGUUGUAUGGAGUUGCGGAAGACUUGCGAGACGCGACCGUGGUCAGGCUGCGGUUUGAUAAAAAGUGCGCGGACAGCGAGAAUUAUUCCGACCAAGGAGAGGACGACGAAGGGUACAACUCUGAGAUGAAACACGGUAGAAAAAAAAAUAAAUCAGAAAAGCACUGCUGGUCCCUCCCCUGCUCAAGCUUGCGUGCAGGUGGGGUCGCAAGUCGGACCAGGCCGCCGGAGUACGCGGUCGUGCAAGUAGAACAAGCGCAAGUGCUUUCUGAGCCUAGUCUUGCAGCUGGCCGCCGCGGGGACGAUGCAGACGGUGCUUGUCACGAGUUUCACCAGGGUCGUGGUCCGAGUUCAGCGACGAAGCGUUGGUUCGAGUAUGAUUGUGUCUGCUACGAACUGAGACAGCAAACAAGGCGUGGUAGCGACGACGACGAUGUUUUUAAGGCGACGAAUUCUACUUCCGAUAACGAGCAAGCCGACAAACAUAAUUUUCAAUUCGAGCCGGUCAUUCCCAGGCUGGAGUACACACGUGUGAGUGCAAGGACAUAUUUCGAGGCUAAGCUCAAGGGAAGUAGGACGAGCAUGGGUGAAGACACUGCGAAGAAGAUUCUGGAUGCCAUAGCGCUGCAAGAAGUGCAAGCGGCCGAAGACGAUGAUGUUAGCCCUGCGGGUGGUGCGCCUGCGGUAGUCGCUUGUUCCAAGAUAGAUCCGUACCUGUUUUUGCAAGCCAUUAUGGCUGCACCUCCACAUGCACAAGAGCAAACAGAGCUGUUGCCGUC